AACAUUCCAAGCCGAAAUGAACCACAUUCUACGACCACUUUUGGACGAGUGCGUGGUGGUGUACCUGGACGACAUCCUCAUCUACUCGUGCGACAUGAAACAGCAUGUCGAACACCUGCGACGCGUCUUCGAAAUUCUGCGACGAGAACGAUUCUACGUCAAACAGUCCAAGAGCGAAUUCGCCCUCAAGAAGGUCCAGUUCCUAGAACACAUGGUGAGCGCUCAAGGAGUCCACGUCGACCCCAAGAAAAUCGAAGCCGUACGUACGUGGAAGACACCCGAGAGCGUGAAGGAGUUGCAGCAGUUCCUAGGCUUCGCGAAUUAUUACAACAGGUUCGUGCCACAGUAUGCGAAACUCGCAGCACCACUCAUGAAUCUGCUGAAGAAGAAUACGCCCUACAAAUGGGAAUCAAAACACCAGGAAGCCGUGGAGCAGCUGAAACAAGCACUCACGACCGCCCCAGUACUCAUCUUGCCGGAUCCCGAACGCGACUACGUAAUCGAAGCUGACGCCAGCGACCAGGCAGUAGGAGCAGUCUUGAUGCAAGACCAGGGGAACGGACUGCAACCAAUCGCCUACCUCAGCAAAAAGCUGCACGGGGCAGAACUCAACUACCCGAUACACGACAAAGAGGCCCUUGCCAUCGUCAUCGCCUUCAAAGCGUGGAGAUGUUAUCUCGAAGGACGAAGAACAACCGUCUACACCGACCACUGCAGCCUGAAAUACUUGAAGACACAACCCAACCUUUCCAGGCGGCAGGUCCGGUGGAUCGACUUCCUCGAGACACACUUCCACUACGACAUCGUGUACAAGCCCGGCCACAAAAACAAAGCAGACGCUCUCAGCCGGCCUGCACACUGGUCAUGACGCAAUCCUUGUCAUCAUCGACAAGUUC